UCUAAUCUCGUUCUCGAUUCUUUGCCAAUGAAUGCGUGCAAUAUGUACAUUCAUAAAUAGAUGUAUUUAAUUUAGUUCAAUCGAAUAACAUCAUUAUACGUGUGAAGUGAAAAUGUAGCUCUGUCAUGUUCAUUAUUUAAUCGUACAUUAAACGUCGUAAUAAGAAUAAUGUUCCGGCUUAAGAACUUCGCUUCUUUACUUCUAGUCUAUUUAGUGUUCGUUCCUAAUUUCGUAGCACCUGAAGAUGGCACGGUGUACGAAUACGAUCCCGACAGCUUCCAGCGGCAGAUUGAAGAUUUGAAUGGAAACUUUAUUAUGUUUUACGCACCUUGGUGCCGACAUUGCACAGACUUCCAGCCAAUGUGGGCUGAGUUGGCAGAGCUGGUAAACACCAAGGAGUCCGAGUUUGCCAUUGCCCAGGUUGACUGCACUAGACAUGCCGGGUUGUGCCAAGACAAUGGCAUCACUGGCUACCCAACGCUUUUGUACUACCACAAGAACUCAUUCCUGCCGGUGGAAUACAAGGGCACGCGUGACCUGCCCUCCCUCACUCUCUUUCUCAGUGAAGUCUUCAAUGCUAAAACUGAGGACUCUAAUGCCAAGAAAAGCCAGAGUAGUGAAGUUAAAUCCUACAGCGGUAUGGCACAUCUUACAGAUCACAAUAUUGAGAAGUUUGUAGCCAAAGGGCAGCACUUCAUUAUGUUCUACGCGCCAUGGUGCCAGGCUUGUCAGAGAUUGGCUCCAGUGUGGGCGGAGUUGGGUGCGCAUUACGCGCACAACGAGUACAUCCAGAUCGGCAAAGUGAACUGCAUGGACAACGAGCUGACCUGCGCCACCUUUGACAUCAAACAGUACCCCUACCUGCUGUGGAUCGUGCACGGCCGAAUUAUGGGAGUAGCCAACGCCGAGACGCUGGAAGAGCUAAAGGCCUACGUGGAGAAGAUGCUGCUGGCAGAGAACCACGACCCGGAGAAGUUCAUGAAGAAGAAGAAGGCGCUGCCCGUCGCGCGCAUCUCCGAGGAGACCUUCGAAAUCUUCAUGGAGAAGGACCUGGUGUUCGUCAACUACUUCGCUCCCUGGUGUGCGCACUGUAUGCAGCUAAGCCCGCUGUGGCUGAAGCUGGGCGAGCGCUUCCAGAACGAGAGCCGCGUGCUCAUCGCCGACGUCGACUGUGUGCGCUCCAAGCCCAUCUGCGAGACGGAAAUGAUAAACGGACUGCCAACGCUGAUCCUGUACAAGCACAAGAAGAUAGCGCACGUGGAGCACGGCGCGCGGCCGCUCGAGAGCCUCGUGGGGCUCGUCACGGACCACCUCGCCGCGCCCAAGGAGCCCCCGCCCAAAGACGAGUUGUAGGGUUGUAGCUAAUAUUCACUCAUCAACAAUUACUGUUAUGUAACAUUUAUGUUACGAGUAUAUCGCGAAUUGAUUUGCUAUUAAUGGGUUAAUAGCAAAUCAAUUCGUCCCAGCCGUAGUCGCCGUAGACUCAGCGGUCGGCAACCUUUUAGCAGCCAAGGGCCACAUAGUAGUUAACGAAAUUGACGCGGGCCGUACUUUGUUAAUAUUUAUGACUAUCAGGUAUUGUCGUUUGUCAAUAUAACAUACAAAAUACCCAGGGAGGCUCGCGGGCCGCAAGUGAGAGGGUCGCGGGCCGCCUGUUGCCGACCGCUGCGGCGUAGACAAUGUCAAAAAUAUCCAAGUCCAAGGCGUUUUUCACUGACUGUUCUUUGCAUACAUUUAGUAUUAAAUCGCGUGUGCGAUAUCGCGUCCAAAGGACUUAGAGGUAUCUAUUUUGCCGACGCGAUAUCGUUACUUCGGGGCUGGAGAGGCUAAGGUGCGUCCAGAUCUUUGGUAAGACUUUCGCAAAGCACUCGCGCGCGCUUUACACUCCUCGUGCCGCUCGUGCGGUUCACGAAAUGCACACGAGCCGUUAGCGAUAUUUUUACAAAUG